CGGUGUUGCAGCCUCAGGCUACAACUACCUUUAGCGAGAAUGAAGAUUCUUAAGUCGCAGCGCGUCCUCGCCGUCCCUGAGGGCGUCGAGGUGAGCCUCAAGGCUCGCAAGAUCACUGUGAAGGGCCCCCGCGGCACCCUGUCUAGGGACUUCACCCACGUUCCCCACGUCGACAUGGUCUACGACAAGGAGAACAACCAGAUCGUGUGCACCAUGUUCUUCUCCACCAGGAAGCGCCUCUCCUCCCUCCGCACCGUGACCUCCCACAUGUCCAACUGCUUCGACGGUGUCACCAAGGGUUUCAGGUACAAGAUGCGCGCGGUGUAUGCGCACUUCCCCGUGAACCUCAACAUCGGCAACAAGGGCGAGAAGAUCGAGAUCCGCAACUUCCUCGGCGAGAAGCGCACCCGCACCUGCGUCAUGGCUGAGGGUGUCACGAUCAAGAGGGACGACGCCGUCAAGGAUGGCCUCGUCCUCGAGGGCAACGACAUCGACAACGUCUCCAAGUCCGCCGCGCUCAUCCACAUGAGCUGCCUCGUCAAGAAGAAGGAUAUCCGUAAGUUCCUCGACGGGUUCUACGUUUCGGAGAAGGGUGUCAUUUCGGACGAGUAAGCGUUUGCUCGUUUCGGAGGUGUUGGAGUGUCUUGGCCGAGGACGCCGGCUUGGGUUGGGUCGGGGUAGGACGAAAAAAGCUGGGAUAGCCGUCUUUUUUUAUCAGACUUCGCUCUUUCGUUAUC